UGUUUGUGUAGACUGAUAAGCUGAAAGAGUCAGAAGGGGAGGGCAGAAGGAGGGAGCGCUUGAACAUAGAACAUACGCACUCAAGACAAAGCCAAAAUAAGUUGUUUGAACUUUUGUGUCUGCAACACAAGAUAGUGAGAGUUUAAGAGAGUGGAAAAAGAAGUUGACGGGCCAUGUCUCUCAAGGGGAAGGUGGCUCUGGUGACCGGUGGAGCUCAGGGCAUCGGGAAGGCUGCGGUUGAGGCACUCCUGCGAAGCUCGGCUAAGGUUACGGUUGUCGAUAUGAAUGGGACCAGUGGUGCACAAUGCAAGGCUCAACUUGAUAUGGAGUUUGGGGAAGGCAGUUGUAAUUUCAUACAGUGUGACGUUUCAAAUGGAGACAAACUGCGAGAUGCUUUUCAAAGCACAGUGGACCAGUUUGGCCGCCUGGACAUCGUCAUCAACAAUGCUGGCAUCAAUAAUGAAAAGAACUGGGAGAAGACAAUAGAAGUCAACCUGACUUCGGUUAUAAAAGGCACCUACUUGGCUUUGGAUCACAUGAGUCAAGAAUACGGCAAACAAGGUGGCACCAUCAUCAAUGUUUCUUCAAUGGCAGCAUUCCAACAUUCUCCUCACCAGCCUGUCUACACAGCCACAAAACACGGAGUCAUUGGCUUCACAAGGGCGAUUGCUGAUGCGUCCUCACUGGAGAAUUAUGGCGUCCGCAUCAACGUUUUGUGUCCGGCAUUUGUAGACACACCUCUGCUGCUCUCAGUGGAACAGGAAGACAACAUGGGAAAGUUUGUCAAAUACAAGGACGAAUUCAAGCACAGUAUGAACAAACAUGGAAUUUUACAACCAUCAUUAAUAGCCGAGGGCAUGAUGAGGUUGAUCCUGGACUCCAGUCUGAAUGGUGCCGUGAUGAAGAUCACCUGCUCUAAAGGGAUCCAUUUCCACAGCUACGAGCCCACGUCAGCCUGAAGGCCAGUCCCUGGACUUCUGCUGGACUCCGAUUGUUGGUCGGAUGGGUAGCUGUAUAUAAGCUCCCAUUAUUAUGCCUUCAGAAAUGAAACAAUCACUGCACUAUUUUGGAUGUAAAAAUGAUUAUUGCAAUUAAAUAGCCGACCGUAAAAGCUAACACGGCAAUGCAUGUAGACAUAUAUGGAUUAUCCCUCCACCAAUUACAAAGAGGCUGUGCUUAUAUAUUAGGGAUACGUUCAUUUGUUUGAAAGACUCCAGGUCAGACAAACGUUUCAAUACAACAGCCUAAGAAGGCCGGAAACUCAUGUGAGCCACACCAGUUAUAACUGGCAGCUUAAUAAAUCACCAUCAAAUCACUGUAAUCAAUCCCCGUUUAUGAGACUAAAAUGUCAAAAGCGAUAUGUUACGUAUAUUUUGCAGCUGUUCUCAUUCAUUCUCCAUGGAGUGACGUUCAUUCGCGAGCAGUGUGCGUUUUACGGGUCGCGCUACUACCAUCUGCCGUCCGUUUGAGCUCAUUGCACUUGGCAUAGUUAACGAAAUAUGUAUAUAAAAAAAAAAAUAAUAAUAAUAAUAAUAAUAAUCAGAGCAUGGAUACAAAUGAGUGGCUCUGUGGAGGUCUUGUCUAGUCCAUAUAAACAAAUCUCUGCGUGCACUUUUUGUUUGUCCUG